AGUCAUUGCCAUGCCAAGUGCUGUAGAGACAAGGUAAGGACAUACUGCUUGAGAAGAACUGACAUGAGUUUUUUCUCUAGCUACCUUUUUAACAAACUUUCCCUUUAUGGUCCUUUCAAAUAUUAGCAUCCUGCUCUUGGGUUCCCUUUUCCAAGCUCAGCUCUUUGUGCUCCACGUGCAGGGAUUUUGAUUGUCUCACUCCAUCUGCUGGGAGGGUUUCUGGAGUGCAUCGUGUUUUGGCUGAGGUGGUUCAUCCAUCCAGCUUUACUGGAAAAGCUGAACCACUGCAGGUCUUCUGUUAAAAUGUAUUCCACCCAUCACAUGACCAUUGUUGUGGUUUUGUCUUUUUUUCAGUCACUGAUUUAUCUGACAUCUGGGAUUUAUAGCCUAGCAUUUUCCCUUCAGAAAUUGUUUGUAGCUGAUGACAAGAGCCUUGCCUAAUACUGUAGGUUUUGAGGAGAUGAAUUCUCUUUAGAAGAUGGAGGCAGCAGUCAAAACAUCUACUUUGGGAUGGUCUUGCUGGUCUAAUAAGUUAAAAGAGCAAGGUUUUCUUUCUUUAAACUUUUUGUUGGGAAAAGAUGGAAUGAGCAGAAUCACUUAACAGCUUUGUUGGUUAAAAGAUUGACUAAAUAAGGUAGAAUACACAAAUGUCAGGAAUAAUCUGACACCCCCAAAGCUUUAUCUAGCUGGUGAACUCUCAUGUGUAUCUCAGUAUUCUUGGAACAUAAGAGAAAUUUCUAGUAAAAGCACUUAAAAAGUGGGAAAGCUAUUUGCAGUGGUUAUAGUUCAAAACAGCAAAGGAAGAUUUUUGUUUUUAAAAGAUCUCUGGAAAGAGACCCUUUGGGUGCUCUGUAACUCUAUAAAACUUUCUACAGAGUCCUAACUCUUCCUAAAUAUCACCUUGAGACCCUAAAAAGAAAUGUGAAGCAUUCUCCCACAUCCUUUAAAUGCCAGGCUAUAUACAACUAUAUUAGUACUAAUAUAGCAGAAGUUAGACAGGAGGGAGCUCUCUCCCACAAGCUAUGGGCAUCAGUGUCUUGACUUCUGCUGCUCAUCACAGCAACUGGUUUGAGAGAAGUGAGUAGGAGAAAAUUACCUGUGAUGAUAAAUUAUGAAAGCUGACUGUGGGUUCCUGCUGUCAUCUCAGUUGCUGAAAUGCUGUGCUUUGCCACUGAUGCUGCUAUGGGCAUUUAGGCUCUGUGCCUGUUGUUGGCAAGCCCUGGAGUCUGGUGGUUUAUCUGUGUUAGGGGCAUGACUGGGAGCUGUGCAGCACUCAGGAAUGGAGUUUUGACCAAGUCCUGCUGCCUUCAGCAAGAGCAGGCAUGCCCCAAGAACAGGCAGCAGUGCCAGGGUGUGUGUGCACUCCCUGCCUUUAAUAGCAAUGGGUGCAGCUUGUUUCAAAAUCACUUACAUGCUUGUUUUCUUUACUACUUUUAGUAACUUGUAAAAUGCUUACAGCCAAUAAUUUGAACAAACAAUGUCAUGGAUGAUAACCUCAGUCUUGGCAGUGCUAUUGGCUGGACACAAACAUCUCUCAUAAAAUAAAUGCUCUGGAUAAGUUUUCUGCAUGCUGGAGGUGGAAAGGGCAUCCCUCUUCCCUCCUAAACGCCUCUGUCACACUCACUGAACUGCUCCAAAACUGACCUCUUCCAGCAUAGAAGGUCCGUUCAAUGGGACAAGAGCUCUCUGACCCCAUAUCUGAUGGCCCCUGUCUGGGUGGCCCUUGUGUUCACUGCUGUGCUGCUGUGAAGUGAAAAAGCAUCACUUUCCCCAGGCCUACUUAGUGCUUCCAUGUGAAAUCAUGGCUCCAGGAAGGAGAGUGAAACACUGAUGAAGGUCUUGCUUUUGAGAAUUCUGGUAGUUCUUCCUCUUUGCCAAAACACCGCGUUUGCAGACACCCACUGCCAGAACUGAUCAUGCUUUAGAGGUACAUGAGACAGUGCUAAGACCCAGAAUUGACCCAGCAAGAACCAUGGAUGCUGGAUGGGAAUAGGACUCACUGCCUUGGCCUUCAACCUUCACGGUCACUGCUCACAACUGCUCCCCUCCCCAAGUCUCCAGAAAGGCUGCAAGCAAUCAGCUUUCUCUGCAGGAGUGCUCUGUGGCUGGGGAAGGGUGAGGUAGGUUCUCCAAUCUUACUUGAAGGACUGAGCAAUGAAUCCCUAAAGAAACCCUUAAACAAACAAAUGCAGGAAGGAGGAAUGCUUAGAAAAGUUUAUGGAAUGUGGGGAACCCAGCUGCAGGCAGGAUGGUUUUGGGGAGCACGUGCAGAUGGCCUGUUGUUUGGCACAACACACCCCAGAAUCACAGAAUAUUCUGAGUUGGAAGGGUCCCACAAGGAUCAUCAAGUCCAGCUCUUAAGUGAAUGGCCCAUGCAGGGAUCAAACUUGCAAUCUUGGCAUCCAUCCAACUGAGCUAAUCCCAGGGUAUGGCAUGAUGAAAAUCAUCAUUGCCCUGGCAAUGCAUGCUGGAUCCCCAACUCCUGCUGCCAGCCCCGGGACCAGGGAGUCAGGAGAUCCUGCUGUAAAUCAACACCUAUGUUGGGUUAUGCAACCUGGGGAGCACAUUUAUAAAAUAUUUUUUUCCCCUCUUGGUUUCUGCAAAAGGAACAAAUCAAGGUCAUGAAUACAGUUUGCAUCUGGAUCUCAUAUUACUUUGAGCCUUUGGCAGGCUGGCAAGGUUUAGCCUCAAGAGGUGGCUCUGACAGCCUCCUGGCACAGUCAGGCUGCUUGUUUGAAAUAUUCCAUCCCUGACAGUGGCAGCACUUCCCUGCAAAAUCCAAGACGUAGGACUUGGAGUACAUGGAUCCUUUUAUUUUUACUUGUACAGUUGAUCAGAAGUUGCUAUUUGAAUUGUGUGUGGUGGUGGUUUGGGGUUUUUGGGUUUGAUUUUUUUUUUUUUUACACACUUCUGUUGAUCUUUUGACCUCUUUAGGUGCAUAGGCUUGAGGAUAGAAAGACAAACCUAAGUGCUAUAUGUGAGCCUGCAGCAAAUUUCUUGCUCCUCUUGAACUGUGAAUUUUUUUAGUUGGUAUAAAAGACAUACUUAAAAUCCUUCCCCAAAUCCAACCCCCAGAAAGCUCAAGCUUCUACUUAUUUAAAAUCAAGCAUGUCUUGUGUUGAAAACUCCCAGCUUUUGUAACUUUGCAGCCAGAUGAGCAGUAAAAAGGCUCUUCCCUGUGCUGAGCUGUGUGCUGGGCACUGCUGGAGCAAAUCCAUGUGCUGGAUUUACCAGCCUGGCUGUGGAAAACACAUCCCACAAGCUCAGGGGGCAUUAGCUCAACUGCAGCACUACAUGGCAAGAGGUUGUUUUGUGCACAGACAACUUGGGCAUCCCUUUCACAGCCAUACAAGAAUGCUCAGAAAUAGUGAGAGGAAGAAAGAAAUGGCAGAGGAAAUAGAAGAGAGAGGGAUUUGUACAUUAGUGAGAGGAAGCUUUGCAGUGAGAACUUGGGAUCAGAUAAGGAAUCAGAUGCACUGAGCAUUGGCAGGGGAAAGAAUGGGAGCAGGAUUUGUCAAAGGGCAGCCUGAGGUAUGACCCCCAUUACACUGAGUGCAUCAGGGCCAUUUCUUGUCUGCUAAAGUCUCAGUUUUGCAGGCAAAACAGAAUAAACACAGUCAGUAUCUGUAAGGAUCAAAAGUUGUGUGGAAAGGAAAACUUUAUAUGUAAGUCUAAACAACUAGUGUUUGUUAUUUUUGGAAAAUAAACAUUCUUGUGCAUUUUUCCUUCACUGGGUAUUUGCUGAGCAAUGGAGCAAAACCUUUUACCAAUUGCUUGUGUGCAACUAGCAGCAAGGACUACUGGCUGAGGGUGUCCUGGCGCGUCCUGUUACUAAAAAAGUUAAUAAAUAUGGUUCAGAGUGAGUGCUGACAUCUCAGGUCACUCACCUGUGAGCCAGCAGUCCUGCAGACCCCAGGCAGGAUGUGUACAGGGGAAACUGGUGGCAAAACAUGCAUCUCUUCUCCUUUGCAGCAGGACUCAUUACUUUAUCUCUCUUCCAAUGUUUGCUCCAAGCACAGACACUGUGUGCCUGCAGCCUAGCAGUCCUGACCACCGACUGCUUUGUCAUCAUGUCCUUGAAGCAGUAAAUUGCUGCACUGUGGAAAUAGAAAUGCUGCGUGGAAUUCCCUUUCUUUAAAUAACUCCGUCUCCUUUUAGCACAGAAAAUGCUAAGAACUGGACUUUGAAUUAUGAGGCAGAUAAAGACAAAAGCUGCCAAGAACUCUUCUCUCCGUCUUGAAUGUAGUACUCACCUCCAGGGGAUGAAUGUAUGUGAGUUUGCUGAUAAACUUCUUCAACACUCUCUGAAGCUUUUUCUGGUCAAAGACAUAGCUGGGCUAUGGUGAAACUGGUGAGACUGUUCUCCACAGCCUGCUCAGCCCUUGUUUCCCCUGAAGAUGCUGGUAAAAAGCUGUUUUCCCUGUUCCAUCUCUCCUCUGGGUCACUCUGGUAUGAACAGAGCUGAUGACACCUGUUGUCUCUGGUGUGCUGCACAGUCCUGGAGCAAGGGCAGGCACUGGGGUUUCCCCAAGCCACCACAGGUGCAUACACCUUGUUCCAAGGCUGUACUGGUGUUCAAAGGAUGGGAUGUGCUUGGGUGCAGCACUGGCUAGUGAUUGAGAGCCAGCCAGCAGCACCUGGCUGGGGGAAAGGGACACGUCACUGGCCACAGGGUCUCCAGUGGUCGAUUCUGUCUGGCACAUGAAGCCUUGCUGGGGAGCACAGCACAUGUAUCCCCAGUAGAUGGAUGGUUGUUGCAGAGGAGAUCACACUCAGGUAUCACGGCAAAAUGUUUAAGCCUAUGGGUGCUUCCUUUGCCCCUUUCUUAUCCUCCAGGAGCCCCCUUGGAGCUCCUUCCAGGGAGAGGAGGCUGGGGCCAGGCACAGUGUGUGAUGCAAGAAGGAGCAGAUGUAAAAACUCUGUGUUAUGUGAAUGGGAGUUGGCAUGAGCUCGUUUUGGUGAUGUCCUACCCCCGUUCAGCCUCAGAACCAAGCCUGCUCUCAGCCAUGUGGAUUUGUCCUGCUGCCCUCCUUAGUCCCAGCAGUGUGCAUGUCUUUGCAAGGAAUAGGGAAGUGGCUUUCCCAUCCUAACUAACUGGGAGAUGGGAUCAGCCCCCUUACGCAGGCAAUGCUGUUGUGAAUGCAGUAAUGUUCUUCCACUUUCUGUCUCUCUGUGUUCACAUGGUCAAUUCUGCCAGGACUAACAGCCAGUUAGUUUCAUUCUCAAAUGUUGUUUCAUUCUCAAAUAUUAUUUCAUUCUCAAAUGUGUUAGCCAGUGCUAGGACUCCACGGACUGCAUGGGAAUCCCCCUGCCCUCAGAGAUGCACGAAUCCUUCCACAGAGGAUCCCACAUGUCUUCUGUGCAUGUGGAGGGCAGAAAGGGGCUGCAUGUGGGUGUAUCCUCCUGGACCAAGAGCUGCAGUAGAAAACCACAGGGAUAUUUGUAUAAAUUUCCUUUUUCUUGCUUGCUUCAUUUCUCUUUUUUUUUCUUUUUUUUCUGGCUGUCUUGUUGCUCUCUCCUGAUUUACUGCAUGUGCUCACGUGGCCUUGGAAAGGGGGUUUCUCAAACUAUUUUGCUUCCAAAAGGAAAAGAAGCUGGAAGGCAUUCAUAUUUCAGUUCUCAAGUUAUUUAGGUUAAAGUCUCCCAGUGGGAAAAGGGAAGAUAUGAGAGAGCAGAUUGCUGGUGGCGAUACUCACGAGAAGGAAAACGGAAAAAAGGCGCACGGAAUUCUAGAGCUGCAUCCAGACAAAUGUGGGGUUUGACAGAGCUAAGACAGCUGCAGAAUGCACGUCUAACACACGGUUUCUGAUCUGCAGGUGAGUGAUGUGAUAGAAAAGUGCUGCCAGCCCAUGAAUUUCCUGAAGAAACUCUCUUUCCACCAGUACCAACAUGCAGAGCAACUACUUCCCAGUUGUCACCACCAUGGAAAGUCUCCAAGUCCUGUCUACAGCACUGACAAACUCAUCGGCUGUGUCGCACUCGUCCCCUCCCUGCCCCCUUACCUCUUCAGAUUAUCAGUUUUCUCUAAUUCCAGCCCUCUUCUCUGUGGUUUUUAUUCUGGGCUUGGUUGGCAACAGUGUGGUGGUUGUGGUGCUCUGUCGUCACACUGGCCCCAAGACAGUUGCUAAUAUCUACAUUUUCAACCUGGCCAUGGCGGACCUGCUGUGCCUGGCCACCCUCCCCUUCUGGGCCACCUACUACGCACAGGGAUACAACUGGCUCUUCGGGUCUCUCAUGUGCAAGAUCUCCAGUUCUGUCCUAUGUCUGAACAUGUUUGCAAGUAUUUUUUUCAUUAUGUGCAUGAGCAUGGACCGGUACCAUGCCAUUGUCCAUCCUAUUCACUCCCAAAGGAGAACUCCACAACAAGCUUAUUUUGUAGCAUUGGUUGUGUGGGGCCUUGCCUGUUUGUCCUCCCUCCCAACUUUUUAUUUCCGAGACACUUACUACGUUGAAAGCUUGGAGGUCAACGCUUGCAUUAUGGCCUUUCCUUAUGAGAACUAUGCAAAAUGGUCUGUGGCAACCGCCUUCCUGAAAAACACCUUUGGCUUCUUCAUCCCCUUGGCAGUGAUCACCACCUGCUACAUCUGGAUCAGGAGGCACUUGCUUAAAGCACAGGAGUUUGGGAAAAGCAGGCAGAAGAGGGACAAAGUCCUAAAGCUGGUGGCUGCUGUUGUCAUGGCCUUCCUAAUUUCUUGGCUGCCAUUCCACGUUUUAACGUUUUUGAAUGCUUUGGCUCACAUGAACAUCAUUACCAGCUGUGAGGUGAUGGGAGUCAUUGACACGGCGCUGCCGUUCAGCAUCUGCAUGGCCUUCGCCAACAGCUGCAUCAACCCCCUGCUGUACUGCUUCAUUGGCAACCAGUUCCAGGAGAAGCUCCACCGCUUGUUCAAGAGACAAGUUUAUCAGUUCAACAGCCAUCGGGAAAGCUCCUCUGUGAGGAAGGGCAGCUGUUUCAGAGAUGCCGAAACCCCCAUGGGCAAAGAAGGGGAACCUGAGUCUUUCCUAUAGGCAUUGGGGCAUGAUGUGGGGUGAUGUCAGUGAAGCUGGAUGUCCCUGCAGUGGUGACAUUCUUCUCUCCUCUUUCCCUUGUUUUGUGCCCAUUCAUUCACUAGCUGUUUGAAGGAGAAUCUGUUUUGUCAUACAUGGGGAUUUAUUCCUCCUUCCUUUUCACAACAAGAAGUCAAGUUUUACACAGAGGGAAGGGUCCAACAAAUAACUAUAUUGAUGGCAUUUUAAAUAUCAGCUUUUUGUAUGGCUUAGUUCAGGCAAGUGUUAAGUGUAAUACAAGAAGUCUAAAUAUACUGAAGGACCAUUACACCAUAGCUACAAUUGCGUAGGUGCUGAGUAUUAUACCCUAAGCUGAUUUUCUAAAAGAGAUUCUCACUAGAGAAUGUGUAAAUAAAGCAGUGCAGAUACUUCUGUACCUAUCUGUAAGAAAAUAUUUUGACAUUUAUUUUGUAUAUUUUCGUUUCUUUAAAUAUAUGGCUAGAGAUGUAUGUAAAAUGCAUCAAAUAUAUUUCCAGCUUGCUUCAGCCUGGGAUCCUGAGAAUGUGUCGAGACAUGGUUCUGCAGACUGCUGAAGGUGGGAGGGUAUUAUUGUGGGAAAGUAAAACCACAAAGUGCACGUUUUUAUACCUUUCUCAUAUCAGGUAACAUGUCCAUAGCCAGAUGGUCCUUUCUUUGAUUCAAUGUGGUCACUUGUCACAAAAAUACUGCAGGAAGUGAACAUGCAGUGUCCCACUGCUGCAUGGACAUGCUGAGCCCCACACACUGUCCAGCAGCCUUUGUGGCAAGGACUUGCUGAUUGUGUGGACCUUUUGCAUUUUAAAUGUCAAUUGCUCCAUGCUGGCAGCUGUAAAUUUGGAGUACUGCAUACAGAAAUCCUGAGUGACUCUGUCUUGUCACCCAGAAGAGAAACCACAGUGUGAGCUUACUCAUUUUAACUAAAAGAAUGAGUGAGGGAAAAAAGUAUUUGGGAAAUACUAUUCUAUUUUGAGGUUGCUUUUGUUGUUUAUUUGAAAUUUUAUUUUGCUGGAGACAUACUGGUCCUCUUGGACCCUUUGAUAGGCUCAGUCUAAAAGAGGGGGUCUGUUAGCACCUUUUUCCAUUGCCUGCAGGUUUUCCUCAGGCUGAGUGACCAAAAGACCAUUAGUUUCAGGAAAUUGUCUCUGAUGAGUUACUCUUAAGGCUUGCAUUCACAGUUUUGAUCCAUGGGUCAAGCUGGCCUCCCUGGAAGUCCCAACUCCCUGGAAGCCAUGGGAACCUGGUGCAGGAGCCAUCCUUCACUGGUAGGGUAGGGGUAAGUUUCUUCACUGGAUUACACAAGAAAUGUGCCAGUCUCAGAGUGACGUGAGAUGAAAAGUUUGUGCAGAACUUGGCAAAACAGGGCCUGACCAUAAGUAAACCCCUCUCCCUGUCCUACUCCAGUAUUCUGUAGUGGGGUAUGUGGCUGGAGAGAUGCUUAUCCCUGAAAGUGGAAGAGCUACUAAUGCAGCUCCCCUGGAAUGUUUUUGUUGAAGAUGUUCUGAGGAGCUAAUAGUGUCUGGGACGUUGGAUAUUUCUGGAAGGACAAACUGUUAAUUACUUAGCAAUGAGGACAGCAAGGCAGCUGUGCUACAGCAAAACAAACCAACAAACUAAGAAAAUCACCAGGUGUUCAAGGCAGCAGACUCAGAGGGGCAAUAAGGUUGUGGAAGCUUUUUACCUUUGCUGCAAUACAGGUCAGUAAUGAACACAAGUGGGACAUUAAUUGACGUCUUUAGAGUCUCAAAACAAAAGCUAACCUGCACCAUCUGACCUCAGUGAUACCUGUGCUUCAGAUGUACCUGUCUCGAGAGGAAGCACAGGCUGCACAUUCUCUACAUGUCAGGUUGGACCCGCUAAAAACCAACAGUGUUUAAUAAGGAUCGUGCCUUUUGCCUGGUGUGCAGACUUAUGCUGUUAGGGAAAUACUACAGGAAUCUGAAAUCCAGUUGCAUUUAUAGCUGUGAGAGGCUGGAGAAAAUGAGGAUUAAGCUUUCCCAAGGAGAGAGCAGCAAUGCAGCAUCUCCCACUGUUGUGGGACAAACUCAUGUUUGGCUGCUGGAGGGCAGAGAUUGAUAACCACUUGCAGGGGCUGAGGCAGCUGCACCCAGUGUCACUUUCCUAGAAACAGGGAAACCAAAAACGAGUAUUAAACGUGAGGUGAACUGAGAGGGGAGGAAAAUUCUUUCUUUCAAAAUGCAAAAUUCAAAAUUCAAAAGAAUUCUACCCUGAAGGUCAUAUUCUGCAAGAGUGACAAACUGAGUGACCCCAGUGUGACUUUUUUGUUUGCUAGAUAUGCCUUGUACCUCUAAUAGGUCAUGAAUUUGAGCAGUGUGGUUAAACAAACAUUCCAAAAACUCUGUCUCAAGGGGUUUGCGGGGGAAACAGGGUGGUGCUGUAUCAAGGGUUUUGCUUUAUUUUUAGAGCAAACUGAUUAACGUUGAGCUCUAAGAAUUUCUUCCAUCAUACUCAAGUUUCUCAUGAGAUUUUUGAGGGACUUUUAAGGAAAAUGUGUGUGGGGGAGGGGUUUCACAGUUUCUGCAUGUUGUGUUUAUUUUUUCAUUAUUUUCAGCAAAAGAAUGUGGAUGGAAAUUUAAGUAGUUUUUUUUCCUUGCAAUUUAGAAGCUUCUUUUUUCCUUUAAGGAGAAAGUUUAGCUGAUAUUUGAAAAUGAUUCUGAUAGUUGUGCAGGACUGCAACCUCUGUCAGUCAGACUCCAAUAUACCUCCCACUCUGGUCCUUUGUAAGCCCUAUGUUGCCUUAAGGUCUCCUAAAAAUGCAGACCCCUCUCCAAGGCAGGAGUCCUGCAGCCCUUUCAUGGGGUGUGCAAGCCUGGGCCCCCUGCUCAGGUCAGCCUGGCCAUCCCACAGCACCCACCCAGACUUUGGGACUCUACAGGCAUUCACACAGUUUUGGCAGGGACUUUGGGAGUGUGUGUGGUCGCUUAGGGUUGCCCACACUAUAAGUGCAGAAAGAUGAAUUUAUGAGCAACAACUGGGUUUUGGCUGUGCUGUGGUGCAGCAGUGUCAGUGGAGAGGAAAGCCUGCUGUGGAAGGGGUGUAUUGUGAUGUACCAUGGCGAAAUUCUGAUGGGUUUGGAGAGGGGAAUGUCCUGGAGCAUUUCUGGACCUGUCAGAUGGUCUUUCCCCAAAAGAGAUGGAAGGGAUGGUUUCCAUCUGUCUCUGAUGUAUUUGCUCAGUAAAACCUGUUUGUGGUUUCCUUUUUUAGCUCUAGUUGAUUACUCUCAGUUUAAAUCAUUGCUCAGACCACUUUGAGCAUCCUGUGCAUGUCCCUGAGAUUACUUGACUACACAACUUCAAUACACGCACCAGAGAAAGCCACUGGCAUUUUUUAUUAUGAGCUAGUGCUGGGUGGUGAGCUAAAUGUUUUGUUUAUGUAAGAUAUACAAUAAGAAAUGUUUGGUACAGCAUGUUCUCCCUGAGAAGUCAACAUGGCCUGACUCUUGUGCUGGCACCCACUGAGCACACUUGUCCCUCUUCCUGCCAGAUUCUGAGCAGGAAUAUCAUCUUUCCACUCUGCAGCCAACUUCCACAACUUGGCUUCCCCUCACAGCAUGUCUCCUUGUCCUGGCUGAAGGGUGAGGAGGUGCCAUGGAGCAAGUGAACUGCUCAUGUUUCCCUAUGAAAAUGAGGCCUUCUGGAUAGUCUGAGUGGUCCUGGCAGGAAUGCAUGAAACCUGAAGCGCAGGAAUUGGGGUGGUCUGGCAGCCUUUGCUCCAUGCUGGCAGCCUUACUGAUCUCAUCUGAAAUCUCCUUCCCGUGGAGGAAAAUGACUGCUGUUGUUGGGAAGGGCUGCUCUGUUCAGCAAGGUCCUGGGAUGCGCUUUCCUCACAUCUGCCUGCUGCAGGAUCCAGCUGAGGAUUCAGACAGAGAGGGGCUUGUUCCUGUGGUCCAUGGGCUCUGCCAGGAAGGGUUGUGAGUCUCCCAUGGCUUUGUCGUACCAGAUACCUGUCUAUGGAGGGAGCCCAGGCUGCUGUCUUCAACAUCCCAUAUCCUCUGGUUUGGGUACAGUGGUCAGCCCAUUGCCAUGCUUCUGGCAGAGCAUCCAGGUGAGGUACCUGUCUGAGAGAGGAUGCUCCCUCCUGUUUGCCAGGUUUCACUAGAACCAAAAUGGGAAA